GGGUUGGGGGGGGGUCUGGGGAGGUCCCUGGAGCGAGCCGGUACCGGAGCGGUCUCCGGCCGGUACCGACGGUUCCUCACAACCCGGCCUGUCGCGUCCCGGCAGCGAGAGGCUCCUACAUGGACGAGCCCCGGCUUCACGACUCGCAGGAGGCGCCGGAGCCGCCGCCGGGAGGCUCCGUGACGGUGCCGGUGCCGGAGCCCCCCGAGGACGGGGACGAUGCCGACACGGCCCAGCUCCUGGCGGGGCAGCGGCAGCCGCGGGGCUUCUGGACCUUCGAGUACUACCAGGCGUUCUUCGACGUGGACACGCGGCAGGUGCUGGAGCGCAUCAAGGCCUCGGUGGUGCCGGUACCGGGCAAGAACUUCGUGCGCCACCGGCUGCGCAACAACCCCGACCUGUACGGCCCGUUCUGGAUCUGUGCCACGCUGGCGCUCGCCUUGGCCAUCGCCGGGGACCUGUCCCAGCUCGGCUCCGCCCGGGGCGGCCCCGAGCGCCGGUACCGGCCCCGCUUCCACCUCGUGCCCGCGGCCCUGGCCCUGGUGUUCUCCUACGCGGCGCUGGUGCCGCUGGGGCUCUGGGGGUGCCUGCGCCGCGCCCGGGGGGGCUCGGGGGGCUCCUUCAGCCUCCUGGAGACCCUCUGUGCCCACGGCUACUCGCUGAGCGCCCUCGUGCCCGCGGCCGCGCUGUGGGCACUGCCCCUGGCCUGGCUGCGCUGGGCAGUGCUGGCCGCGCUGGCCGUGCCCGGGGCCGCGCUGGCCGCCACCUUCUGGCCCCCGCUCAGGGCCGGUGGCCGCGGGCCAGCGCUGGCCGGGGGGGCCGCGCUGCUGGCCCUGCACACCCUGCUGGCCCUGGGCUGCCAGCUGUAUUUCUUCGAGCCGCUCUCCACGCCGGGAUCUGGGGGGGCUCCCGCGGGGAUCCCCCCCUCCAACGCUUCCCACCCCGCACCAUGAGGGGGGGGCUGGGCUGGGGGGACCCCCUGGAUGGAGGGGACCCCCCCAAACCCCCCCAGACCUCGCUCAGCUCCACCACCCCAAAUAAAAUCGGGGAGUCUCCGA